AAUUUCUGGACCACGCGGCAUGGUCUUAAAAUCACUCAACUCUUAUUCCACAAUACUUGAUGAACACAAACUUAUCCUCUUCUGACACGAAACUGUACUAAACUAAUGCUGAAAAGAAUUUGUCUACAUAUUUUUGUCCCUCAUAAAAAAGUGCUUAUAUUCAGACGUGUAUUGUGUUUAUUGUGGAUAAUCUAAAAACAAGGAAUUUAGUUUUUCUACUAAUAACGCAUUUGUUUAUGGAGCAAUGAAGUAUGAAUUCGUUUUCUAAAGGUAUUUAGGUAAAUAUUCAUAUUUGUCUAUAUAGUUUUGUCCAUUACUGUAUAUCAUAUUAUUUAAAUUGAGAGCAUUAAACACUUUUGCUAAUAAUAUCACUGAAAUAACUCAUCGUUAAUAAUCUGUUGUGUAUAUUCAACCGGAACAAUAAAAUCAGUAAUAGGCUGUGAAAACAUCCCAAUAUCAACAGUAUUAUCGCUUAUUGAUUAUCCUUAUCGCGCAUUUUUAUCUGUCUACCGAACCGGUCGCAUGUAUUUGCUUAAAAAACAGUAGUAGUAGUAGUCGGUUUGGAAAACGGCGAUUGCAUGCUGAAUAUUCGUUAACGGCCUAUCAAAUUAGCAGUGUACACAAUUAGACGAUCUAAUGUUGUGACGUCCCGGUAAAUGUUUGGAUAGACUGAUCGAACGCAGGCAGACUCUGGGAUUUUAAAAUAAAUUCCCGGCGCGCAUAAUCGCAGUAGCCGUUGCUUUUAUGACAGGUAGUAAAAGAUGCGGCGAGCUUCCUCCGCGAUAUUCGUUUGUCUUUUUGCGCUAGUCGGAGGAUGUCAUGGCUUACUGGACUCGGGAAUGUCAAAUGAUUCGCCGUACGAAAACGAACCGGAAAAGAUGCACUUGAGGGUCAAGAUUGGUACCCCGAUCACGCUCAAAUGUCCGAAUAACGCUACCAUUUGGGAAUACAAGCCCUGUACCUCGAGUUUCCAAGGGUUUAUGUGCGAUUCCAAACCCCCAUGGAGUCGUUUGAACAUCACCAGGGGUCGCAAGCAUAUUGCUGCUGUUGAUAGGAAACACAACGGCCUGUACAGAUGCAAGGAUAAAACUGGAGUGGUUAGAAGAGUCUUUCUUGUGGAUGUUGUUCAUCCUGGAUACAGCGGAACGAAGCCCAAUGUGGCUCCAUUGCGUAUCUCGAACCUGACAGGCCAAGUCAACAUGGAGUUCACGAUCCAGUGCAACGUGUCAAGCGAAGUGCCGCCCACCAUCUUCUGGUUCAAGAGCUGCUACAGGCACAAGUGCGACAUUGAGUACAACCAAGUGUGCUACUGCCAUCUCAACAAGUCGAUAUCGAGUUAUAAUCUUGGUAGUACUUAUCUCAGCAAGUACUCGAUAUUCAACGCUAGAUACGUGGAUAGUGGAGUAUAUGCGUGCCUAGCAGUAACGCAGUACGGCGAGAAUUCUCAAAACGUAACCAUAACAGUCCCUAGAGAGGAACCUUCAAACAAUGAACAAAUAUCUUGGUUACUGUUAGUGCCCGUCAUGUUGGUACUUCCAGUCAUCAUUUGGUUGUAUUAUUACAGAAGGAAGAGGAGUAAGCCUGAAGUGGUGACGAUUGACCAACAAAAACAAUUGAUCAGACCCGUUGUGGGGAACAUUGCAACUAAGAGCAACGAAAUCGUUUAACGUUGAAAAGUCUCAAGAGAAAAUGGACGGGGCAAAUGGCGUUAUAUUUUGGCAUGAAGGUGCGAUCAACUUAUGCGAAAAUUUGAAACCAGUUAUGCUCGUCUACUAUGGAGGAUAUGCAUCUCAAUUUUUUGUUACUAUGAACUCCUUUUUUUUUUUAUUGAUUCACGAAUAUCCUCAGGUGUCAUUAUUCACUUAUGUAAGAUGCUGUAACUUCGCACUGAAGUUAUGAAUGACUGUGAUAUUAUUUUCAAAAAUACGUUUUUAAUAAAUUGUAUUUGAAUAACAGA